AUGCGGUCCCUUCUAUCCACACUCGCCAUUUUAUUUGUCCAGACGUUACUGGUGGUGUGCAGCCCCCUGCAGGUAUUAGCAGUCGACAAUGUGAAUUUCAGCGUGCAUGUGGAGAAUCAGACGCGGGUUCGAGACGGCAUGAGCCGGCGGCAUCACAGAGUGUACCAGCUGUACAGCCGCACAAGCGGGAAACAUGUGCAGGUUCUGGGCAGGAGAAUCAGCGCGCGUGGCGAGGAUGGCGAUAAAUAUGCCCAGCUCGUAGUGGAGGCGGAUACCUUUGGCAGCCAGGUGCGAAUCCGUGGAAAAGAGACCAACUACUACCUGUGCAUGAACCGGCGAGGAAAGCUGGUGGGAAAGAAGGCCAGCAGUCGCAGUGCGGACUGUGUGUUUGUGGAAAAGGUGCUGGAGAAUCACUACACAGCUCUGAUGUCAGCACGCUACACUGGCUGGUACGUGGGCUUCACUAAGAGGGGGCGCCCUCGCCGCGGCCCCCACACGCUGCCAAACCAGCAGGAUGUUCACUUCAUGAAACGACCCCCCCCGGGAGAGCAGCCCCACCCCCAGCCUUUCCUCUUCACCACCGUCAGCAAGAGGAGCAAGAGGGUGAGAGCAGCAAGACCAAGCUAA